UCCAGGUUGUUUCUCCACUCACCUGGCCAAGUCUGCUAUCUCCAAACCCCCGCAUUCCCAAGCCUCCCCAGGCCUGGUAAAUUUAAGUUUGCUCUUGGCCGAAGGAGACAGCAUCCAAUUUCGCCUCUAAAACAUGUUGAAAAUGGAUCCAUCGACAGGCUAAGAUUCGAAUUGACUCGGGUAUAGACGUCAACGUGAGACAUAUACGCAUACAAAUCCUUCCACAGAAAUCUCUUAGUAGCAUGAGUGCAGCGACUGCCACUCCGGUGGAACCAUCCCCCCAACAACUGCGAGCAGUACGUGCAGUUUCUUCUCUUGGAAAUGCUCUGAAAAACCCAUGUGAAGCCAGACUAAUGGUUGUAUUUGCUGCAGUGUCUUGAAUGUCAAGUACGUGGAACAGACGACCCCAGUCAGCUGUUGAGCUAAGCUAACCACCUGCAUGCGAGUAGAAGAGAAAAAGCAAGGUGGGUAUCAAUCUUGGUGGGCAAUCUUAAUACCAUUAUCUGACUCCGUUUCCGAUGGCAGUGCACAGGAGAAGCACCCUGUGCGUACUGUUUUAGAACGCAACGAGAUUGUGUAUAUGGAACUCGUCCGGUGCGAACACCACUCACAAGAAAGUAUGUCAGCUCUUCAUUGUACAGUACAUCUCCUCGUUAAUCUGUUUUGACCAUCCCAUCAGAAAUCUCGAUGCUGCCGAACAAAGGUGCGAAAAGUUGGAGGCUUUAUUGAAGUCCCUCAACCCGGAGCUUGACCUGGAGUCACUAUUGAAAAAUGGUCUACCAUCAGCCUCCCCUCCACCGGUAAACCAACUGAGUCCUAGAAGCCCCCAGCAGAUUGACCAAGCCAGUCCUGGCUCAACUCAGGAGUACGAGUGGCAUGAAGCACCACUUUCGACAGAUCAUGAACAAAUUCAUUCCUUCAAAGAUGGCAUGGCACUCCUUUCUACAGACCCAUCUUCUUCUGGCUAUCUGGGUAUGUUUUCUAGUAUUUGCAUAUGUUCUAAUCCGUUCUAAUUUCUUUCAGGCAGCAGUGCUGGGUCGAGUAUGCUACAAACUAUCUUCUCAUUGUUAUCUUUACGGGAUUCUGGGGAUCCACUAGAAGAUUCGUCAAAUAGAGAAAACCAAAGCAUGGUCCCCAAGAAGUAUUCAGAGUCUGGGGUCCUUCUGUUGGAAGGAGAUUUGACAUCUUCGAUCAUGACAGAAGGAUUAAUUGAUGCAUACUUUUUGCUUUACAAUACCUCAUAUCCAGUCUUGCAUAGUCAACUUUUCAGAGAACAAUACGCCAAUCGAUCACAAAUUCCCAACACGUCAUCUUGGCAGCUAAUACUUUACACGGUUCUGGCGAUUGGCCAUUGGGUUUUGAGUACAGGGGAUGACAACGCGGACUCGCCAUAUUACCUUGCCGCGAGAAGCCGAAUGGAUGCAGGAAUGCUGGAAAGUGGUACUCUUGCCGGCGUUCAGGCAUUUCUGCUGAUGGUAUAACUUUCCGAAAAAUGAAUGUUGUUCCAUCUAAUGCUAAGACGUCCUACAGGGAAACUAUCUCCAAAAAAGAGACAGACCUAAUACCGGUUACAACAUGAUCGGAAUCGCUUACCGAAUGGCUUUGGGCCUCGGCCUCCAUCGUGAAAUUCCAAAUGUCGAGGACGAGGCGAACACCCUGAACCGAGAAAUACGAAGAAGAGUAUGGUGGAUUCUAUACAUGGUGGAUUCUGGAUUCAGUAUUACUAUGGGUCGACCCACAACAGCUUCGGAUGCAUUCAUUGACGCAAAAUGGCCAGAGAAUGUCGAUGAUUCUGUUCGUUGCUCCCACUAUAUUGCCCAGACUUCAGCUGACCAGGUUAGCAUUUGACCUCUGAUGAGCUUUCUCUAUCUUUGUCGCCCCCGGUUGAUUAUCCCACCACUUACUCUGCAAUGAUUGCUCAAGCUCGUCUAUCAGUGAUUGCCAACAAAAUAUACAAUCAGUUUCUUGCUGCGCAUAUUGGAAAUGUAACGAUGAGCGAGGAUCUCGCUCAGCGUUUUGAGGAAGAACUUCGUCAAUGGAAACAAUCGUUGGCUGCUUACUUUUUCACCAAGGAUGCGCCCACUUGGUUCUUGGGUCCUAGAGCAGUCCUCUUGUGGAAAGAGCAGAACCUCCGCAUGAUUCUGUGGAGAGGCGGCCAAAGAUCUUACAAAACUCGGUCGAGAAGCGAAAUUGCUGUGCAAAACUGUCUCCACGUGGCCAUUGAAACCGCCCAAUCGAUAUGUAGCUUCUGCUCUUGUAUCGGGGGUCUUCAUCAUGGACUGAGUUGGUAUGCCAUAUAUUUUCUCUUCCAGGCCGUUCUGGUUUUAGAUGUUGGGCUUUUGCAAGCACCCGAAGAUGCUCUCUCAUCAACUUGGCGGAGCGCUAUUGACGAGGCACGGAAAUGUUUGUCGCAGCUUGGUUCUAUGAAUGCUGCUGCAUUGCGAUGUAUUUCAGUGCUCAGUCGUAUCCACAACCACCACCGUGCCAUUGCAUCAACAAACCACCUUUCCAACGCCGUUUCUGACCCCUCUUUACUCCUCCCUUUUGCCGAUCCGAAUGGUACAACCCAGCAGUCGGAUUCCAUGAUGCAUCAAACUUAUAUCGCAGAUCCUGCACUCCAAUUCUUCCUAGAUGGAACGCCCAUGACAAAUCUAUUAGAAGGUGUCUCUGGUUUUCCAAGCACCCAAGAACAUCAAAAUUUCGAUUAUAUCCCCGGGGAUUUUUACGGCGUGGAAGAACUCGAUCCAACCAUCAAUUGGCAUAGCACGCAAUUCUGAUCUAUAGCUCCUUGCUUCAUUGAUGACUUUUAAUGAUAUGAGCCUAUAUUGGUGUGUUUUAGGAAUUUUUAGUCGUCGAUGAACCAUCAAAGACUCAUAGUGGCACUUGAAACGAAUUUUGGUUACUUAUACCAUCUAAUCAAACACUAUCGCUGCCUUGAUGCAGGUCUUAUUCUUCACAGCUUCCAAAGCUUUUCCGAAGUCUUCUAGCUUGAAUGGGUGCGUCACAAUACCUCGGACAUCAACCUUUCUUGUUUCCAAAUAGUGUACUGCUCUGGGUAGACACCACAUUUCAGAAAAGGAACUAUAUAAUAAGAUUAGCACUGUUGUUGGUUACCUAACUGCAGUUGGAUUUACCCAAUCAUUGUGAUUUCGUCGGAGAAUAUCUUGGCGGGUGCCAGACUGAUCAAAGCUUCCUUUGAAUACACGCCUGAAUUUUGGCACCGAGGUUAGAAUGGCUUUUUUGGGUGGAUGAGAGUUGUGAUAUGGAAUUCGACUCACCAUAGUAUACUAGCUUACCACCUUUGGUAACAUUAUCAAGCCCAAUGGUAAGCAUUGAAUGAGCUCCUGAUGCCUCGACAACCACAUCAAAGCCAUAUGGAUACUUUGCUUUCAGCGCAGCCCAUUGUUUGCUUGGAUCUGUCCGGCUCAACUCGAUGUAUUCAUCUGCACAAUUGAGUUUCUUUGCAAGCUCCAUUUUAGGUCCUAAACAGUCCAAAAUUAGUAAUUGGUCCAUGACUGUUUCAGAAACCUUUUACUGACCUUCGUUAGAUGCCAGAACCAUAUGUGCUCCGCCAUUGGCUUUCAGUAGUUGAGCGAGACACAAACCAGUGGCGCCGGCUCCGAUGAGCAAGAUGCUGGAACCAACUUCAGGACGAAUUCUAUCCAUGCCAUGAACUGCGCAUGAUGCGGCCUCGAAUAACGAGGCUUCCUCCCAUGAUAGAUUCUCGAAAUGGAAAAGCUUUUCGGCUGGGUAUGCGCAAUAUUCAGCAAAUCCACCGUCAACUAUUGAUGAAAGUUUAUUAGCUUUUAUGAUCUUAAUCCCUACACAAACUCUGCACAUGUAUUGGGUAUUCCAGGCAGAAAUUACGAUUGAACCCCGGUAUUGUAUACGUUUUCUCAUUCAGAAAUACGCCGUGGGCAAACAUUGCGAUAAGUACUUACUAUGAACACCAUGCGCCACAAAAUUCUCACAAUACAACAUCUUCCCCUGACGACAAUAAUGGCAAUAUCCACACAACUCCGAAUUAUCCGCGGUAACUUUAUCACCAAGCUUAAACCCCUUAACAUGCUCUCCAAUCUUGACAACAAUACCACUAGUUUCAUGACCUGUCACUACCGCCUUUCCUUGUGUGAGUGCUGAUUCAAAAUCACCGUGUGCAAUGUGCAAAUCCGUUCCGCAGACGCCGCAGGAUUUGACUGACCGGUUGUUAGCUUUGAUCCUG